AUGAAAGGCUGCAGUAUUAUGAUUGAAGUUAUAGCUAAACACCCACAAUGCAAGGAAGCAAAAAAAGACCCCAUCUAUCUUCAACUAAAAACACGCACUGCUAAUGAUAUUAUCGAUCUUUUGGAAGAAAUCACAAACAGACUGCAACAAGAAGAUCAAGAAUUAAAAGAGACUUUAGAAAAAUAUCCACCUGUAGAUAACAUUUCAGAGUCAACUACAUCAACUGAUACAGAAAGUUUGCUAAAUGUCUUGCCUUCUGUUCCAACCCAUAUUCCUACCAUGAAUGAACAAAAGUUAUCCCCGAAUAAUAAUAAUUGUCCUUUCAUGUCAUCACCAGUUAUGCAAAUGCCUGAACCAAAGCCUGUUUUUCCUUUGGGAAUACAAUUACCAACUCCUUUAAAAACAUUUAGUUUACCACCUACUUUUAUUGUGGAGCCAAGACAAUUAGCUUCUUGGAUAGUAAAGAGAAAUGAUGGACAAGAACAGCCUAGUGUACUGAUAUUGGAUAUUCGACCAAGACAAAUAUUUAAUCAAGGUUUCAUUAAGCAUAAAUGGGUAGCGCAAAUUGAACCAUUAACAUUAAGACCAAAUAUUUUAUCAAGUAAAGUUGAAGAAUCAAUGAUGAUGAAUCCAGAAGCAGAACAAAUCAUUUUUGCAGCACGUCACCAGUUUGAUAUUGUAGUUUAUUAUGAUCAGAACUCAUACACGAUGAAUAAUAAUAGUUUAAGAUAUUUAACAGAAUCAAUUUAUGAAUUAGAAUUUCAAAAGAUAUUGCAAAGAGCGCCUAUCAUGUUGGCUGGUGGUUUCGAUGCUUGGCGUUCCAUUAUUGGCGACAAAGGUAUUUUUAGAUAUAAUAGACAGGAAUCAAACAGCGUCAAAAAGGAAAAGCAAGUAGAUAUAGAAUUGACACCUGUUAAAGUGCAUCAUACCGUAUAUGACUAUUUUAGUAGCACAACAACAGGUACAUCACCUAAAACAAAAGAAUCUAUGGCUCAUCAUCAAAACCCUCCUCUUCGUGGUAUCUUUGGUACUAGUACAACUUUCUUUGAACCAUCUACAUCACCUCAUUCUAUGCCUAUACCCCAACCACAAUCUACAACUACUAUCCCACCACUACGUCCAUUAACACGUAAAAACACAUUUAUUGAUAAUCCCUUUCAUGGAUUUACAACAACUACAAAUAAAAAGUUUGAUAUACCACCUAAACCACAACGUCCUUUACCUCCUAUACCGACCUCUAGUACAAAUCACACCAUCAUGGGGAUGGCUGGUUUAACUAAUUUGGGUAAUACAUGCUUUAUGAAUUCCAUCCUUCAAUGUCUUAGUGGCACCAUUCCUUUUGCUCGUUAUUUUAUAUCAGGCAAUUAUAAGAAGCAAGGACACAAUGGGAUACUCACAAAGGCCUUUACUGAUCUCCUUCGUCAAAUGUGGAGUCGAUUUCAAAAGGAGACAGUAACAACAAAGUUCUUUCAUAACACCCUCUAUCAUCUUUCUGACCAAUUUAACGACUUUCAGCAACACGAUGCUCAAGAGUUUAUGAUCUUUGUCUUAUCGACCUUACAUGAGGAAUGUAAGGACAAACCCUUAAAGGUACCCACCUAUGAAGAGCUGGACGCUCAAUAUGGUGAUGGAUGGCUUGAUAAGUUACCUGAUUGGCAAGCGAGUGCAUGGAGUUGGGAACGAAGUUUAGCACUUAAUUCGAGUAUUAUCGUCAGCCUCUUUCAGGGGCAAUUCAGGAGUCGAUUGCAAUGUUUAACAUGUGGAUCCGAAUCGACGACCUAUAACGAUUUUAUGUCUUUAUUAUUACCCAUUCCACUUGAAUCAUCUACUCAUAAGUUGACCAUUUAUGACUGUCUUGAUGAAUUUUCAAAGAAGGAGACCUUGGGAGAAUCCAAUGAAUGGCGUUGUUCACGUUGUAAAGCGAUGCGAACUGCUACGAAGCAAUUGACUUUAUCAAAGUUACCUGAUGUUCUUCUUGUGACUUUGGGAAGAUUUAAGAAAGAAGGCAUGUUUUCAAACAAGUUAGAUAAUGAUGUAGAUUAUCCUAUGGUAGGGUUAGAUCUAUCAAAAUAUGUACCGUAUACCAUGUUUCCACCUAAUAAACCUCCAGAAAAGAGUACUUUUCAAUAUGAUCUUUAUGCUGUAUCGAACCACAUGGGUACAUCGAAUGGAGGACACUAUACUGCAUUUGUAAGAAAUGGCUAUGAAUGGUAUGAAUUUAAUGAUACAAAAGUACAAAAAAUAGAAAACUCUCAAGUGGUCACAAAAGCAGCUUAUAAUCUGUUUUAUGUGAGAUCCACUGUAAAAUAA